UUGAACAUAACAUCUGUUUGUCAGUUGAGUUUAUUUACAUUUAUAAAGUUUCAGUCCCCUACGACUGUAAACUUAAAAGUUGUUUAAUGAUAUACGUGUACAUGAAAUAUUAGUUAAAACUAAAAGUAGUGGAAAAUAAAAAGAAUGGAUAUAUCUGCACUAUCAGAUGAUAAUUUUAAUCCAGCUGAAUGGAUAAAUGCGAACUAUAAGAAAUAUGUAGAGGAGCACAAAAAAUCGGAGGACUGUGACGAUACUCUCACAUUCAUUAACAGUUCAGUUUCAAAGCUUCAACUUUAUGUGCAGCAAGUCAACUAUGCUGUGGAAGAUACCAGCCAGCAAAUAGUUCAGAGUAUGCCACGCAUAGCAAAGGAUGCAAGAAAUUUGCACAACGAUGUGAAUGAAUUACAGCAACGGAUGCAUGCCAUGAGGCAGGAAAUGACUGCAGUGCAAGAGGAGACUGGUGAUGUUAUGAGUGUUUUGGAAAAACUCAACAAUCUCCAAACAAAACUGCAAUCUGCGAAAGAGUCUUUGCAGGAAUCUGACGGUUGGGGUAAUUUGCUAAACGAGCUGGAAGAUUGUUUUGAACGCAACGAUUUAAAUGGUGUUUGCGAAAGAUUAGUGGCUUUACAAAAGUCACUACAAGCACAGGAACAAUUACCAGGACACGCUGAACGUCAAUCACAUGUAGAGGACUUUAAAAACCGCUUAGAGGCACUAGCUUCUCCAAAUGUAGUACAGUGCUUCGCAGAGGCAAAUGUGAAUCAGGCUAAAACGUAUGUGGACAUAUUUGUUGCAAUAGAACGUCUGCCACAAUUGCUGCAGUACUACCGUGCUGUGCAUAAAAGUGCAAUGCAGCAACAAUGGAAACAGGCAAUUGAAUUACAAGCUACUGAAAUAUCCCCACAGCAGCAUCAUUUCCUUACAUAUUUUUACAACGAACUUUUAGAACAUUCCCAGCGACAAAUCAAAUGGUGCGCUCAAGUUUUCACCGAUGAUGUUGGACUUAUUCAACCAUUUGUUGUGGUUGCCGAGCUUUUGCCUUCACUACAGCCAAGUCGGGACCAACACAUUCUUCAGUUGCUUAAAACUUCAAACGAUCGCUUGGAGCUACUUGAACAGUUUGCUCAAGCAAAUCGUAAUUUCGUUUUACAACUCAACGCAACCUUGAAACAGUGCAAUCUAACACUAACCAAAGAUUUGACAUUGCAAGUAGGUGAAUCAGUGUAUGAGUACUUCCACAAGUUCAUUCAACAGUAUCCAAGAAUCGAAGAAACUCAACUGUCCACACAAAUAGAUAAAUUAAUUACUAAUCAAGCAUCUGCUGGGGAAUCUGUACGUCAUUUGGAGAAUAGCACUCGUAAAGUGUUCGACUGGUUAACAGAAGCCUUUGAACGUUGUGCGCAAAUAACAAAUGAUUUAGCACUUUGUAAAUUGAUUGGCUUGUUAGGUGGCAUCUUUAAAAGAGUUUUGGAAAAUUUUUCAAAAACGCAGCGUCAAAUUAGCUUGACUAUUGGCACUGGAGGAAAUGAAAGUUGGUCAAUAUUGCAGUACACAAUGUCACUGUUGCAAUGUUUAGCAGAUUUUCAAUACAAAUUGAAUAAAUUUGAAAAUAUUUUGCAUGAACGUAUGUCUGAUUUGGCGGAUAAAUUGAAUAAUUCCUCACAUACUAAAAUAAUUGAUCUUUAUGCUACGUACGAUCGUGGUGAACAAACCCGUUUGUUAAAUGCGAUAAAUGAAUAUCAGCAGAAUCGUGUCGAAGUUGCAAACUCUCAAAUCCACUCCCUUGGCAUCUUCUCGCAGGUUUACGAUUCGUUAAAAACCCACUUUAUUGAAGCACAUGACAUAACGUUAAACAUCCUAUUACAACCCAUUGAUGUGCAUUUAUCUAACAUACAGCCACCGACAGGUGAUGCAAACACACAUUCCCCUAUUGCAACUGCGGAUAUGCCUUCGUUUAGUUUUGCGCCACAAGAGUGCAUUACACAAAUAGGACAAUAUUUGCUCACCUUACCACAGCAUCUGGAACCAUUAUUGCUUUCUCCAUCCUCGUUGCUGAAACAAGCUCUUGAAAUGUGUAAUGUUAAGUACACUCAAAGUAUACCAUGUGCGGAUAUAUUAUUGUCCUUAGUGGUGGAACAAUGCUGUAUAAUGUAUCAAACACAAAUAUUGCAAAUUAAAUCAAUUAAUAGCACCGCUGCGAAGCAAUUAUCGGUGGAUAUUGAGUAUCUAUCCAAUGUUAUUGAAGAAUUAGGACUCAAUAUAAAUCAACAACUUUCACAAAUAUUGACUCUGCUUAAGGCAACACCAGAAAACUAUAGGACUUCCAGCAGUGGCUGUGAACCACGUCUAGUCUCAGCAAUUCGACAAAUGCGCAAUAUUAUUUCGACUCAGUAAUAUUUUUAAAAUCACGCGAAAGUAUAUACCAUAUAUAAAA